UCAACACUGAGCGGCGGUUCGCGGGAGGCCGUUUAUCUUUAUUAUUUUUGCCGCACAACUGUGGCGCUCAGAACCGUGGUAUCGCGCGUUACUAAUGCUUUAAGGACUUAAGAUUCACGCCUGGAACUGGAGGAGCAGUCUCGCUUCCGGCCCACGGCGGCGCACAUGGUUGGAUAACGCCACUUCUCUGGAUUUAAUUCAAUAGAACUGCGAGAGAGAGAGAGAGAGAGAGAGACGUGUUUUAGUGAAUAGAAGUGGAGGAACGUUAAGAUCUGAAACAGAGGACAUCGUGGAUGCGUCCGUUGAGAAGCCCAGAUGGUGUUUCUUUGGGAUGCGAAAUACGAUCCAGCCCCGGGCCGACGCUACACUCCCCCUUCAACCGCGCUAGCCUCAGGGGUGAAGACGGCCGAGGCCAUGCCACUCGGAGCUCAGGAGGUCGGAGGCGGAGUUGCCAUGGUGGGAAAAUUGCACUUGGCAGAGCGAGGAAUGAUUGAUGUGAUCUCCGACCAUCCUGCAGAGCUGGUGAAAACAGACAGUCCAAACUUCCUGUGCUCGGUGCUUCCUGCACACUGGAGGUGCAACAAAACUCUGCCCAUCGCUUUUAAAGUGGUCGUCCUGGGAGACAUCCCUGACGGCACCUUGGUGACUGUGAUGGCUGGAAAUGAUGAAAACUAUUCUGCGGAACUUCGCAACGCCACAGCUGCCAUCAAAAACCAAAUGGCGAGAUUCAAUGACUUGCGGUUUGUGGGCCGAAGUGGAAGAGGAAAGAGCUUCACUUUGACAAUCACCGUUUUCACCAGCCCGCCUCAAGUGGCCACAUACCAAAGAGCCAUCAAAAUCACAGUGGACGGACCCAGGGAGCCACGACGUCAUCGGCAAAAGAUGGACGAAGUCAAGCCAGGUUCGCUGGCUUUCUCUGAGAGGCUUACAGAGCUGGAGCAGUUGAGGCGCAGCACAAUGAGAGUGACACCUCCUCACCAUCUUCACCCUCAGCAUUCGGCAAACUCUCGCCACUCGGCGGCGUUGCACUCCAGUACAUUCUCCAGCCCGUCGCACACUCAGAUUACUGCAGAUUCCCGACAGAUGCAAACAUCUCCAUCAUGGUCCUACGACCAGUCAUAUCCAUACCUUGGCCAGAUGACCACAUCCACCAGUCCUCUUUCUCCAAGUCGCUCCUCACUCAGUGAGCUGUCCUCCAGGCUUGCAGGCCCCGACCUCACGCCAUUCAGUGACCACAGAAUGAAUCUGGAGAGACAGUUCACCUCAAUUCCCUCCUUGUCUGACUCUCGCUUCUCUGAUCCACGCGUACACUACCCUCCUACAGCAGCCUUCACCUAUGCCCCCGCACAUAACCCCGUCUCCAACAGUGCAAUCGGAAUCACCAUGGCAACGGCAAUGGCUUCCACCCCAGCUGGCAGAUACCAUUCUUACCUAACCCCUCCUUACCCCACCAACACCCACCACCAGGGUCAAAACGGGCCAUUCCAGUCAGCGUCCUCGCCAUAUCACUUCUACUACUCUGCAACUGCUGGUUCAUACCAGUUAUCCAUGAUGACUGGAGGAGGCAGCGCCAGUGGCAACGACUCACGCUCUCCACCGCGAAUUCUCCCUCCUUGCACCAAUGCGUCCACAGGUUCGGCCCUCCUCCAUCCUUCACUCCCAAAUCAAACUGAAGGCUUAGGGGUGGAGGUGGAAUCCUGUCACAGCAGUUCCCCAACAAACAUGGUGGCUGUAGAAGCUGUUUGGAGACCAUACUGAUGUUGAAGAGCCAUCGAAAAAUUCAGUUUUUAAGAGACAGUGUAGAGUAGCACUAGUGAUGGGUAGAUGAGGUGUCAUGAAACACUGUUGCAGGGUUGUCGAAACAGUGUCCUAAUUGUCAGAGGCCACUAGAUGGCGCUCUUGGUUUGGCAGUGAUGUGAGGUUUCAUUGAAUCAGUUGUUCAAGUCCAAAUAUUUCACAGCAGGCAGCGCCAUCCGGUGGCCUCUGAAAAUCAUGACACUCUUUUUAAUGAAACGUCUUCAACCCUUCAAUACAGUGUCAUGAAACUUCAUCUACCCAUCACUAAGUAGCGCGCUUCAAGGGGGUAGUCAUCAUCGGUAGAACAGCAGUUUUCACUGAGACCAAGUUUAGGUACUACAUCAAUGGCCACUGAUGUUGAUGUACAAAAAGUAAAUACUUCACAUAAGCAGAGCAGCACAAUUGAAUCUUUUUUUGUGUGUAGAUCUUUCUAUCAGCACAAAAUGUUUGGUUUGAUAUGUAUCAUUUUCAUAUUUACAGUUUACAACUAUAUGCGAGGGUGAAUGUAAAGGGAGGAAGUAACAGACGGAUGGAUUAUGUUGCUGUUUAGAGACACUAAAGGCCCACACGAGAUAACAGCAAUUUUUAAAAGAUUCAUUGUCAAGCAGUGACUCUCAAGUGGUCAUGGUAACAAUAAAAUUAAAAAAGAACGGUUGACUUAAAAAUGUAUUCAACAAGGAAAAUGCAUCUUGAAGCUCACAUUUGACCAACUGAAAGCAGAUAACCGACCCACUUGUUAGACCCCAUCCUCCAGGUGAGAAUCACUGUUGUCGUCACUGUACAAGGCAGUGAACUCCACCGUCCCAGAACUACCCAGCGAAAAUGACCAUGUGGACAUGUGUUGCCAAAAUAAAUGGAAGACCAUUCCUGCAUUUUAGGAAGUCUUGAACUUGCUUUGUCGUUAUUUAUUGAUUAAAUUAUUUAUGGAUUUGUAAUAAACCUGUUUCCACAUAUUUGUAAAAAGAACAACGGUCGGGAGAUUUUGUAAAUAAGGUAAAGUGAACAUGGGGAUCGAGAUGAG